UAUCUCGCGCGCGGCGAAAGACCAUAUGUUUACUUCUAAACAAGAUCUCCAUCUCCUAAGAAUUCUUUUUCUCCUAAAAAAAAAAUCGUUAAUUUUUUUCAAAAGGCAUUUUGUAUCAAAUAUAUAUUGAUCAUUGAAUUUUUAUUAUAAUAUUGAUGUCCUAAAUUUUAGACAUAUAUUCAAAUCAACAUGUAUGCUCUUAUACAUAUUCAAGAACGUAUUAUAUUAAUAUUAAUCUCUAGAUUAUAUUCCUAUAUUCUAUAUUAUUUUCCCGUCCACACGUUGGACGCUCAUAACUAGGGUUGCCACCCGUAAAAUAAAGUAUUAAAGUAUUAUUUAAAAUAAAGUAUUGUACGUUAUUUUGGAUGAACAUACUUUAUACUUUGUAAAAGUAAUAAAGUACGCUAAAAUACUUUAUUUUACGAAUACUAAGUUUUCAUUAGCAUUUUUACGGUAGAUGUCACCGUGUCACGUGAUUUAUUAUUAUGAAUGCAUCCGUUUCACGCAUUGAGCGUAUGGAAAUCGCCUGGAAAUUUAUAAUUUAUAGAUUUUAAGGCGAUCUUUGCGUUCAGUGCGUGAAACGGAAAAGCUUUUCUAAAUUUAAUUAAAAAUGAAUUGCUAAUAUAUUUAAAUUUAAAUAUCGAUUGUAAAGAUGCUAUAAAAGUCUUGUCUUUAAAAAAGACAAACACUUAUUGGAUAUUGCUAAAAGUGGCAAUCCUACUCAUAAUCGCUUCUGAUACAGUGAGAAAUGUGAUUCAAUCUCGAUUCUCGAUCUUCAAUACAUGGAGUGUUAAAGUAACGUCAUCUCGAGAAAGGUGCGGAACAGAGCGGAAACAAGAUGAAUGGAAAAGAAAGUAAAAAUCAAGAACACGAUGAAUAUCAAUAUUUACAACUCGUCGAGAAAGUCAUUACAACUGGAGCAAAGAGAAGCAAUCGCACCGGUGUCGAUACUUAUUCCAUUUUCGGUGCGCAAAUGCGAUUCGGAUUACGAAACGAUGUUUUCCCAUUAUUGACAACUAAAAAGGUAUUUUGGCGAGCAGUAGUUGAAGAAUUACUAUGGUUUAUCAAAGGAUCGACAAAUUCCAAAGAACUAGCAGAUAAAGAUAUUCAUAUUUGGGAUGAAAAUGGUUCACGUGCCUUUUUAGAUUCUUGCGGUUUCACAGACAGAGAAGAAGGUGAUUUGGGACCUGUUUAUGGAUUCCAAUGGAGACACUUUGGUGCCGAGUACAAGGAUAUGUUCACAAAUUAUACAGGACACGGAAUAGAUCAGCUAAAAGAAGUUAUCUACAAAGUGAAGCAUUCUCCAGAUGAUAGGCGUAUUAUAAUGACUGCCUGGAAUCCAGUCGAUAUUCCAAAAAUGGCGUUACCACCAUGUCACACUUUCGUACAAUUUUAUGUAAAUAACGGUGAAUUGUCCGCGCAGCUUUAUCAAAGAAGUGCAGAUAUGGGUUUAGGAGUGCCAUUCAAUAUAGCAUCAUAUUCCUUAUUGAUUUAUAUGAUCGCUCACGUUACUGGCUUGAAGCCAGGAGAAUUUGUACAUACAAUGGGAGACUGUCACGUUUAUGUCAACCAUGUAAGCGCCCUUAAGGAACAAAUAAAGCGCGAACCACGAGAGUUUCCAAAAUUAAGGAUAGCUAGAGAGAUUAAAGAUAUUGAUGACUUCGCUGCUGAGGAUUUUGAAUUGAUUGAUUAUAAACCUUAUUCCAAACUCUACAUGAAAAUGGCUGUCUGAGUUGCAUUUUUUGAAAGUUCUUUGCAGAAAAUUUUUCGAAAAAAAAAGUUAUGUCUAUGUAACUGUAACAUUAAUAUUUAAUUUUCAUAAUAUUUGUUAAUAUUACUUUUAACGUACUUAAGUUGAUAAAUCUCAACACAAAACUUUCUCUAAAUCUUAAUAUUAAGCUGUACUGGUUAAAAAUAGUAUUUUCAAUUACAGUAUUUUUCGAUUUAAGAGAAACGCAAAAAACUUAUUUCUAACAGUUUGGUUCUUGUUUUUCAGAGUGAUGAUAAAAGUGUAAGAUGAAUAUACUUUAUAUAUAAUUCUCUAGCCAUAUACAACUCUCUCUAUAGACAUUAGUUUCUAAUAAAAAUUAUAUUCUUAAUAAACCUAUAUUUUAAUAAUAUAUCAAUAUCUCCAAAAUCCGUCGCGCACAGUUCUUGUAAAUUCAUCUUUCAUGAUCAUUUUUUUUUUAUUUACUUCUCAAUUGCCGCAUUCUAUAUUUUUCAAUUUUAUUAUACAAAUGUAAUUUCGAUCAAUCACGUGCGAUACAAAUCGUGAUAACAUCGUGAAAGGCCUUACAUAUAAGUAGCUGCUAAAUAUAAUAAAAUUAUGAUUCCCAUACAAUAUACAUGUAUAAAUUGUUUAUAUA